CGCAUGCGCACAGGGUGUAAACACAGCAGCAUGGCGCCGUGAGGCUCGGGCAGCUCUGACAGAAAACCAAAUGGAGUCCGUGAAGAAACGUUUGGCCGAGUUUUCACUGGAGGCUCACGAUCUGUAUCUGAGCCGGGCCGUGCCGUACCUGGAGGCGCCGCCCGACCCGCUGAACUUCUACCGCGACUGGAUCGCUCCCAACAAGCCCUGCAUCAUCCGCAACGCCUUCAGCCAUUGGCCGGCUCUGUCCAGGUGGACGCCGGAGUACCUGAGGGAGAAGGUGGGGUCAAAGGUCAUCAGCGUGGCGGUGACUCCCAACGGCUACGCCGACGCCGUCAACGGCGACCGCUUCGUGAUGCCGGAGGAGAGACGCAUGAGCUUCUCUUCCGUGCUCGACAUCCUCCAGGGGAAGGUGCAGCAGCGUGGAGUGUUCUACGUCCAGAAGCAGUGCUCCAACCUGCUGGAUGAGCUGCCGGAGCUCACAGACGACGUGGAGACGCACGUCUCCUGGAUGAGCGCCGCGCUCGGAAAGUUACCAGAUGCGGUGAAUUUUUGGCUCGGAGAGGCGAGCGCCGUCACGUCCAUGCACAAAGAUCACUAUGAGAAUCUGUACUGUGUGAUUUCUGGAGAGAAAAACUUCAUCCUGCUGCCGCCCACAGACCGACCCUUCAUCCCCUACGGUGUGUACCAGCCGGCUGUUUACCGUCAACGGGGCGACGGGGAGUUCGAGAUCGUCGAUCAGAGCGACGCGGAGAAGGUGCCGUGGAUCCCUCUGGACCCUCUGGACCCGGACCUGGAGCGGUACCCCGGGUACCGGGCAGCGCGGCCGCUCCGCUGCAGCGUGAAGGCCGGAGAGAUGCUGUACCUGCCGGCACUCUGGUUUCACCACGUCACGCAGUCACAUGGUGCCAUAGCAGUGAACUUCUGGUACGACAUGGAGUACGACAUCAAGUACAACUACUACCAGCUGCUGGAGACGCUGUCGGAGGUCACGGGGGGGUCAACGUGACAUCACCGCCGCUGAAUGAUGUCAUCGUCACUGAAACGACUGUAAAAUAAAUUUUAAACGUCUG